UGCACCGCGCCUCUCCGGUUCCCUCCUUCGCAGCCAUAUUACUUUCAAAAUCCCGGCCGCCAUCCGUCAAUUCCGCUGCCGCCGUCAUCUCUCUCCGAGAAAUCCAACCGAGUGAAAUUUGAUAGUAUUUUGUUCUUUAAGUGUAAAAAUCGAACUUUGAUAGGAAAAGAGAAUGGGUGUCGAAUUAGCAGCUGAGCAAGCUAGGAGCUAUGGAGACUUAAAGGAUGAUGUUAAUAUCACGGACUCGGAGUUGGAUAAGAGUGUCAGAAAUGCUCUCAAACAUGCUCUUGAGGGUGAUUAUGACAGCUAUAACCAUCUUGUUGGGACGAUGCAUCAUAGUGAACGCUUACACCCUGACGAGGUGGCUCUACUUGAGACGUGCUUGAAAUCUUUAAGGGGGGCAGUUUCUUGUAUAGAUGUUGUUCACCACCGAUCUCUUCUUGCAGCUAUCUUUGGAAUGAGCUUGUGGAACUACGACACUCAUGUCAUGGAUGCUUUGGUUGGACUAGUUACAUCCUUGGCUGCAUCAAGUCCACAAUAUGUUGAUUUGUGCUUGGAUAUGCUAGUGAGCAAUUUUCUGCCUCCUUAUUCUUUCUUGGAGUUACUGAAGCAGCCGCGUGGCAUUAUAAGAAAGGAUCAAGUACUUGAUCGUGUGCACUCAACUUUGAAAGAUAUAGCCCAUUUAGUUCCUCUUUCCCCUUUGAGACUAGAAAAAGUUGUGAGGGAAAGAAUGCCCAAUAUAUAUACAAAAGAACCUUUGAUCGUGAUGUAUGUUGAGAACAUGUUAAGAUUGGAGAGUGGUGUAAUAGGUGAACUUGUUGGGAGCACAAUGCUUAUGGCAGUCGUAGAUAGGCUAAUUGAUUUGGAUGUGGAGAUAGCUUGGGAUGACAUUUUGCAAGAUGAUUUCAGCAAGGGCAUUUUCCAGAUGGAGCUAGAAGGUCUUGAGGGGCCUGCAGAUGAUGAUGGUGAUGAGCUUCAAAGGAACGAUUGGAUAGAAAGGUUUUUUGGCGGAAACCUGGUUGCUGAAAAGCUGGAUAGCUUGAUGGUCCUCGUAUUUGGACACCUUAAAUCCUCGUAUGAAAAUGGCCGUUUGGAGCAAGUUUUUGACACACUCCUUCAGUCAUUUCACAAAACAGUCUUGACAGUAUACAAAUCAAAAUUUGCCCAGUUUGUGAUGUUCUAUGCGUGUUCGUUAGAUCCUGAUAAUUGCGGAACAAACUUUGCAGUUACCCUUGUAAAUAUAUUUGAGGGCAGUUCUUACCCGGAAUGGAGAAUGAGUGCUGUUGCGUAUCUUGCCAGUUACUUGUCUCGUGCAAAGUUUGUCUCUGCCUCUUUUGUUGUCAGUGUCUUGGAAAGACUUGUAAAUUGGUGUUCUGAUUACUGCAAGAAUCAGCAUGGUGAAAGCAAUCCCAAAGCUCAUAAAGUUUUUUAUGCUGGUUGUCAGGCCAUUAUGUAUGUCCUUUGCUUCCGUAUGAGAUCAAUAGUGGCUAUCCCUCGACUCAGAUCACAACUAUUUCUUCUGCGGAUAGAUGAUAUUUUGAGGCAUCCGCUUAACCCAUUGAAGGUUUGUCUGCCAUCAAUAGUUGAAGAGUUUCUUCGGGUGGCCAAAUCGUCUCAUUUGUUUAAUGUGCCUCAGAACUUUGUUUCUGAUGGCCUACUGGAAUCAGAACUUUCGAUGACCUUUGGUGGUUUAGAUAGGCUCGACAUGUUUUUCCCAUUUGAUCCAUGUUUGCUGAAGAAAUCUGAUAGAUUUAUCCGGCCAAACUUUGUGUACUGGUCGAUGGUCAGAAGUACUUACGAAGAAGAAGAAGAUGAUGAUGAUGAUGACGAUGAUGAAGGGAACAGUGAUGAAGAUGUUGCUGAAGUUAGCAAUGCUAGUAAUCGGGCGAGAAUGGUUGAUGAUGUUGGUAGGAGUAUUGAUGAGGAAGAUUCUGAUAUUGAUGAAGAUUUUGAGUAUUCUCUAAACAGAAUGUCUAUAACGCCUAAAAAUCCAACCGCCUUUUGGUUAGGAGGUAAAUUAAGGGACAGUGUGCAGAUGCCCUCCAGAAUCAGACCGUCUACAAGUCCAGAGUCCUUGUGAUACCCUGUUUUGCUUGCUCAAGAAUCUUGACGUCGUAAUAGCGGAAGAAUACAAUAAUAUCAAUUUUGCUAGAGCCGUGACUGCGCUUCACUUGGCCAGCCGGGAUCCGCCUUUUGUUGCUGUAUACAUCCUUGUACCCACCACCGCCCAAGGGAUCAGCCAGUGUGGCAACAUGUGGCUGGCUUACUGAGGUUUCUGUAGCCAUUACAGAAAUUGAUUGUAAUUUAGUGGUCUAUUUACUAGUAUAAGAAAUUGAUUGUAAUGUCGUGAAAUGUACUUGGAAAAAAAUCACCAUUAAUUAAUUAAGGGCAAAUUAUUCCAGUGGCCACUAAA